UUUCAUGUACCUGUUGUAUUAAUUAUAGACGCCAGAUGUCGCAGAGAUCGUUUACAGAAUUAUCUCAAGACGAAAGAUAUCUCGACACGUUGAAAACGUUUUCGAUAAUUGUUUUUGAAAUGGAAAUAAAAAUUACUCGCUUGUAAAGAAAUUUAUCAAAGAAUAAAAACGAUAAGAGAGUAAUAAUUUAACUUGAUUAUCUUCAAAGGAUAAAGAACUUCGAAGUAUAAGAGGUAGCCUCUUUAGAAAAUUAUCUUACAUUACAUUUGGAUUUUUCCAGAGAAACGUGUCAAAUAUGUCUCGUAUAAUUGUUCUUCUCUUACUCGCCGUCGUUGUUUGUGUUGGCUUAAUCGACGCAGGCAUAAUCUGUCCACCCAACCAAGUGUUUAAAUUUUGUGGCACCGCGUGCGAGCCUCGAUGUGGAAGACCACUACAACCAAAUUGCAUCGCUAAAUGCGUGACGGACUGUCAAUGCGUAGACGGAUACGUAAGGAAUUCCUUGAACGAAUGCGUCUUGCCAAACGAAUGUUGAGAUUAUCUGUUAUUUGUUAAUUCGUCGAGUUUGUUAUUCGUCUCGCCAAUGAAUUAAAAAAGAAAAAAAAAAUCGUGUAACUUUCUACGAGAGCGAAUAAACGAUUACCUUUCUCGAUAA